CCCGGUCAUGUAUUUGCUAAACUGAUUGAUAAAAGAGGCUCGCGAAAUAUUUUAGAAUAUAUAAUCUGAAAGAGGAAACAUUUCUCUACAAAAUGCACGACCAAAUGAUAUUUUAACCGUGAAGGUGAUGGAACGGCCAUCAUAUCUUUUACCGGGACCAGAAAAUUUUUUGGUCCCGAUGCCCAUCUCUAGUCUGACCGUACCACUAGAUUGGGUUUGAAUGAUGAAACAGAUAGGGACUCUUUUAAAAUUAACAAAUAAGGUUAGAUGAAAAUAUGAUGUUCCGCACGGUUAAGCCAAGUCUUCUCGCUCAUCCGCUAGCGACACACGAGCGAAAGUAAGAAUAAAGCAUUACUUAACUAUAGAGGAGAUAUAAAGCAUUAGUGCAAAAGUGCACUUAUUUUCACAGCGCAAGGAAAGCCAACCAGCAUUUAUACAAUACCCGAAGACAACUGGCAACAUUCAAACACAAUGAAAACGUCUGCAUAUACAGAUGACAAAAAGCCAUUAUCGAAAGAUAUUGAAACAACCGCUGAUAACCUGAAAUUCGAGCAAGUAUGCUAUCUGAAUCUAACGGGUAAACUAGCAUCGAAAGAAGACAAAACGGCAAUCACUGAAGCCUUGAAGAUAAAUAAAACAUUGACUACGCUAUUCAUAGCCCAGAAUAAUAUAUCGGACCAAGCCGCAAUGGCGAUCGCUGAAGUAUUGAAGAUAAAUAAAACACUGACCACGCUUUCGAUAUCCGAGAAUAAUAUAUCGGAUCAAGGCGCAAUGGCCAUCGCUGAAGCAUUGAAGAUAAAUAAAACAUUGACUCAGCUUUCGAUAUCCGAGAAUAAUAUAUCGGGUCACGGCGCAAUGGCCAUCGUUGAAGCACUGAAGAUAAAUAAAACAUUGAUUACGCUGGAUAUAUCCCACAAUAAUAUAUCGAAUCAAGGCGCAAUGGCGAUCGCUGAAGCAUUGGAGAUAAAUAAAACACUGACUACGCUGUGGAUAUCCCAGAAUAAUAUAUCGGAUCAAGGCGCAAUGGCCAUCGCUGAAGCAUUGAAGAUAAAUAAAACAUUGACUCAGCUUUCGAUAUCCGCGAAUAACAUAUCGGAUCAAGGCGCAAUGGCGAUCGCUGAAGCAUUGAAGAUAAAUAAAACAUUGACUCAGCUUUCGAUAUCCGCGAAUAACAUAUCGGAUCAAGGCGCAAUGGCGAUCGCUGAAGCAUUGAAGAUAAAUAAAACACUGACUACGCUUUCGAUAUACAGGAAUAAUACAUCGAAAGAGAAGAUAGAAGGAAUUAAGCGAGCAUGGAAUAAGAGAUCAUUGGAUCUCUAUUGUUGA